UUUCUCUUCAUUUCCUUGUGCGCUUCAAAGUCAGUAACUGUGCACUUUAGAAACACAAAAGUAGCACGAAGAAUAAAACUCUCGAAGUUGAUGCGAAUUAAUUCGUAAGCUCUUUAAGCGGUGCGUCAUUACGAUAAUACGCCUCGUGUUAUCGUAACGGUGAUCAGCUAGAGGAAGAAUUCUCUGUAAUCAUUAGCUUCCUACUAGGAAAAUAUGCUACGAGUAUUUAUAAUCGUUAUCAUCGCAAAUGCAGCGAUGGCGCAGGUGCCAUUCUUGGGUACGUGUCCGGACUUGGAAGCAAUGCGAAAUUUCGAACUAGACAGAUAUUUGGGCAAAUGGUACGAAGUCGAAAGGUACUUUGCGUGGUUUGAAUUUGGUGGAAAAUGUGUGACGGCUAAUUACAGCUUAAGUGAAAAUGAUUCAGUAAAAAUCAUCAAUAAACAAAUUUCUUCAUUAACUGGAGUAGCAACGAGUAUCGAGGGCGUUGGAAGGCUAAUUGGCAGAUCCGAUGAUCCUAAAUUGUCUGUCACUUUUCCAUCCUUGCCAUUGCCAUUCGAUGCGCCUUAUUGGGUUUUAGAUACGGACUACAAAUCAUACGCCGUAGUGUGGAGUUGUACAAAUCUUGGAGUCCUCAAUGUACGAAACGUUUGGAUUUUGACGCGAGAACCAAAACCACCAGUCGCAGUUGUAGAAAAGGCUUAUCAAGUUAUCGAUAAGAGUAACAUCAGCAGAGCAUACUUUAUUCGUACAGAUCAGAAAAAUUGUCCGGCUACGUAUUAAGGAUGAUCAAUGGACCUCUAAAGAAAUAUGCUUCGAUAACAUUUUUUUUACGAUACAUCAUUGAACAACUCCUUGAAUUGCAAAUUACAAUAUUUAUUGCCAUCGGAUGCACACAAUUACGCAAGUAUCAUCAUCAAUUGUGUAAUGAGUACUGUGAGUGCACUUGAAUAUCAAUAAGAUUAUUGUGAAUAUUUUUUUACACUCAAAGUUAAAAUAUUGCAUAGUUCCAAUGUUUAAAAAGUUGUAUUUCUCUCAUGCUCUGUCUAUUUCUUUCUCGUGACUGUGAUUUUUAAUGCAGUGCAUGCAAAAAAUUCAACUUAUUGCAAUAAACUUUAUAUCAAUAAAUUUUAAUUUAAAGUAUUUAAACUAUAACAUAAUUUAAACAUUUAAGAUUUUAAACUCUGUAAUUAAAAUGUAAUUAUCAUAAACACAUAAUGAGCAUGAUUAUGAUGUAUGUAUUAUUGAUAACACUUUGAUCACAAGACAGAAAAGUUAAUUUAUGUAUGAUCAUUUAUUUGUUGUAAAUAAGAGAAUAGGAAAUGACAGAGGUUUCGGUCUGAGACUGCAUUGUGCAAAAAUUAAUAAGUUAAUUUUAUAGAUAUUUUAUAUUAAAAAUAAUCUUGCGGUCAAAGUGUUAAGAUAUGUUAUUUACAUUCGCAUCUCAACAUUUGCAGCUACAUCCAUAUUUUGUAUCCGUUUUUUUAUGUUCUUCGUGCUAAUCUAAUUAAUUUAUUAGAUAUAUUUAUUUAUUUGUUGAAAAUAUUAUGUGUUACUGAGUCUCGUAUACCGAUAACUUGUAUUAACUUUAAAAACUGUUAUCUUUAAACAAGUUAUCUCUAAUUCUCAGAUGACUUCACACAACUUCUUAAUUAUCUGUUUGUCGUAAUAUGUUAUAACGAUUCGUUGUAUUUAUUUUUUACGCAUUUGCGUAAUGUAUUUGUAGAAAAGAGGUGAAAAUCCACUUUGUAUACUUUUGUUUUUGCGGUUUUAUUAUUACGUUAGAUAUAACUUUUAUAAUAAACGGGAUAAAAAGUGAA